AUGGUGUCCACCCCCAGCGUUGGUGGUGGUGCGGCGACUGCCCCUGGUGGCAAUAGCAACAACCCCAGCUCGAGAAAUUCACCCGUCAUAGGGACCGGACCGACGAGCGGCGCAUCAUUGAAACCGAAGCCCAAAAUCAAUUCCAAUGGCUAUCAUCCGCCGAAUCCACAGACAAUCCUAAGCUCCCUUACAAGCCCGCCACUUGAUCUGAGUUCGGUCGAACGACGCGGUCAGCCCACGGCCGUCCGUGAGCCUCUGAAAAAGAAGAGCCGACCCCACGGAAUUGAAGAAGCGCCAACAUACUGUCCUGAUUUGGAAGAAUGGCAAGAUCCUUUGGAGUACAUUAAAAAGAUUGCGCCCGAAGCCUCCAAAUAUGGAAUUUGCAAGAUCAUUCCGCCUGAGAAGUGGAAUCCGGACUUUGCCAUUGAUACAGAAAGGUUUCAUUUUCAUACAAGAAAGCAGGAACUCAAUUCAGUUGAAGGAAGAUCCCGAGCAAAUCUUACGUACCAAGAUGGUCUCUUCAAGUUCCAUAAGCAACAGGGAAACAAUCUUCAUCGGCUCCCGUAUGUGGAUAAAAAACCUCUAGACUUAUAUCGACUAAAGAAGGCCGUCGAGUCCCGUGGAGGAUUCGAUAAAGUCUGCAAAGGGAAGAAAUGGGCCGAGAUCGGCCGUGAUUUAGGAUAUAGUGGCAAAAUCAUGUCGUCCUUGUCGACAUCGCUGAAGAAUUCUUACCAGCGAUGGCUCUGCCCCUACGAAGAUUAUCUCCGAUUAGCCAAGCCAGGCGUGCACCAGCAGCUAGAGGCUGAAUAUGGUGGGCCAUUAACACCGAGCCCAGCAGGCACUCCGAUGAAACGGUCUACCGUGAACACGCCAUUGAGUAUGAACGCCAAUUCUCCGGCCAGGCAAGCAUCGGAUGCUCUUCAGUCUACCAUGAACGGGAUCAAAAAUGAGGGGGAUCAAGACAGCCCCAUGCCUGAUGCUUCAUCAGUAUCAACACCCGGGAACACAUCAGCCUUCACUUCCGUAAACGCAAGAGCAUUCACACCUGUCAAUUCUGGCUUCGCGAGUGUGAACCGUCCAUCGAUUGGCAACAGCAAUAACCUACACAAUGGCCCCAAAAGGUCCGACAGUCCAUUCACGUCAUCGAAAAAUACUCCAGAACCAGGACCAACGGGCCAGAUUGCGACAUCUGCGCUUAAACGCCAGCUAAGCUCGGAGAGCUCUUGCGAUUUGUCCAGGAAGGAGAAAGACACUGGCAGUGACGCCGGCGACCUCAGCAAUCGUCGAAGCAAGCGACUCAAGAAAGAGCCUGUGCCCACCGUCGCGGGUUCCCAUAUGUCUCAAUUUCGACCAUCUGUUCCACGGAUCCCUAGAGAAGAUCCAAACGCACAGACCGAGGAGAAGUGUACAACCUGUGGCAAGGGAGAUUCUGACGAUCCGCUUCUUUUUUGCGAAUCAUGUGAUAAUGCUUAUCAUGGCCAAUGCCUUGAUCCGCCUUUGAAGCGCAAGCCCGAAUCUGAGUGGAACUGUCCCCGGUGCCUCGUGGGUGAUGGACAAUUUGGAUUCGAAGAAGGCGGCCUCUAUUCACUAAAGCAAUUCCAGCAAAAAGCCAAUGAUUUCAAACAAGGCUAUUUCGAGAAGAAGAUGCCCUUCGACAACACACUCAAUUGUCACCGUCCUGUCACCGAGGAAGAUGUGGAAGCUGAGUUUUGGCGACUGGUUUCCGAUCUGGAAGAGACUGUAGAAGUUGAAUACGGUGCUGAUAUUCACUGCACAACUCAUGGCUCAGGUUUUCCAACUCUGGAAAAGCAUCCGUAUAACCAAUAUGCAUCAGAUCCAUGGAACUUGAAUAUCUUACCGUUCCACCCUGACAGCUUGUUCCGACAUAUCAAAUCCGACAUUUCAGGAAUGACUGUUCCAUGGGUCUACGUGGGUAUGAUAUUCUCUACUUUCUGUUGGCAUAAUGAGGACCACUAUGCGUACUCAGCCAACUAUCAGCAUCUUGGCGCAACAAAAACCUGGUACGGGAUCCCAGGUGAAGACAGCGAUAAAUUCGAGGAGGCCAUGAGAGAAGCUGUGCCCGAACUCUUUGAGACUCAACCUGAUCUCUUGUUUCAAUUGGUCACUCUACUCACUCCUGAGCAGUUGAAAAAAGCUGGCGUUCGAGUUUAUGCGGUUGAUCAACGUGCUGGCCAAUUUGUGAUUACGUUUCCUCGAGCGUACCAUGCGGGCUUCAAUCAUGGUUUCAAUUUCAAUGAAGCUGUCAAUUUCGCGCCUUGCGACUGGGAGCCGUUUGGUCUAGAUGGGGUAGACAGGCUGCAACGUUUCCGGAGACAGCCCUGCUUUUCUCAUGAUGAGCUCCUAUGGACAGCUGCGGAAGGGAGCACUGCUUCAGGAUUGAGUAUUCAGUCAGCGAAAUGGCUAGCACCGGCGCUAAAAUGUUUGCGUGACCGAGAGUUUGCGCAACGCAAUGAUUUCGUCGCCAGGCACACGAAGCUAACGUCUCAUCGAUGCCAGCUACUGGGCGGCGAAGACGUUUGCCCUCUCAACUUCAGUCUUCUUGAUGAGGACGUAACUGACGAGGAGGAGCAGUGCUGUCAUUAUUGCAAGGCUUUUGCAUACCUGUCCCGGUUCAAAUGCCUACGUUCUGGCAAGGUGUACUGCAUACUGCAUGCAGGCCACCAGCCGUGCUGUGAGGCAGGCGAAGACGAACGGUUUCUAGGCGAUGGCCAUGUUUUGAUUUAUCGCAAAUCCGACCAGGAAAUUGAUUUGAUGUAUUCCAAAGUGGAGGACAAGGCUCGCACCCCUGAAUUGUGGGAGAUCAAGUAUGAGAAAUUACUUGACGAAGAAACGUACCCAUCACUUAAGUCCUUACGAGCUCUUCUUCACGAGGGAGAGCGUAUCCCACACGAAUUGACGUCUCUAAAAGUGUUGCGACGUUUUGUUGAGCGGUGCAAUACAUGGGUCGACCAGGCCACUUACUAUAUCGUCCGAAAGCAACAGAAUCGGCGCAAAAACGAGAAAGUAUGGCAGACUGGGUCUCGACGUUCAAUAGGUUCUAGUCAAAUGGACCAGAAGGAGAAGGAGUCGCGAAAGGUCGCCAACAUAUAUCGCCUUCUUGACGAAGCAAAACAUAUUGGUUUCGAAUGCCCUGAGAUCGCGCAGCUCCAAGAACGCGCAGCUGCGGUCAGAGAGUUCCAAAAAACAGCCUCCCACGCUAUUGAUAACUCUCGGUCUAUCUCUAUCGAAACAAUCGAGGAAUUGAUUGAAGAGGGCCGCAGCUUCAAUGUCGACAUGGCAGAGCUUGACUCGCUAUGUCGAGAUCUAGACCAAAGGCGAUGGAACCAGAAGGCCCAAUCCAGCAGAGGCAUCGUCAUGUCUCUGAAGGAAGUCCAAGAGCUUGUCGAGGAUGCCGAGCGACUUGAGAUCCCGAAUUAUAAUGACCAUUUUACACAUUACCGGGACCAGCUAAGUGCUGGUGAGGCUUGGGAAAAGAAGGUACAUGAACUGAUCCAUGCCGAGUUCGUCCACUAUCCGCAGCUCGAAGCUCUGUCUGCUCAAGUAAUAUCGAACACGCUACCUGUUACACAAGACACUCUAGCAAUGAUCGACCAAAUCCUUCAUAAACAACGAGAGGCUCAUCGACAAAUCCUCGACUUGACAAGUCGGAGCCAAAAUACCGACAUCCGGGAGAGGCCCAAGUAUGGCGAGGUUGUUGAACUUUGCAAAAAGCUCGAGGAGCUGAAUUCGAAACCGCAAGGCACCAUCGAUCUUGAAAACGAAAGAAAGCGACACGAGGACUGGAUGAGAAAGGGGAAAAAGUUGUUUGGGAAGUCAAAUGCUCCUCUUCACAUUCUCAAGACUCAUCUCGAAUACGUCCUCGAGCGGAACUCGGACUGUUUUAAUAUUGAGCACGAUACCCCACGACAUCCUGGCGAACCAGUCUCCAGGGAACCCAGCCCCGAGGAUGGAGUGAAUCGCUUAGAAGAUGGUCGCUCAAGACAAGUAUUCUGUAUCUGCAGAAAGAUCGAAGCCGGCAUGAUGAUUGAAUGUGAACUCUGUCAUGAGUGGUACCACUACAAGUGUCUUAAAAUUGCCCGAGGAAAAGUGAAGGAAGAUGAUAAGUACACUUGCCCCAUCUGUGAUUGGCGGGUAAAGAUCCCUCGGGAUGCCUCCCGUCCCAAACUCGAAGAUCUCGUGGCUCUAGUUGAUGAGAUCAAUACGCUUCCCUUUCAGCCAGAAGAGGAGGAGCUGUUGCGCCAAAUUAUUGAUGGCGCACAGUCAUUCCGCGAUCACAUUACUCGAUACUGCAGUCCAAUUCUGUCUACCGAAGCUGAGGUCGAAACCCAACGUUUCUUUCUCAGGAAAAUCGAAGGGGCUGAAGUCUUGCUCUCUUUUGAAACGAACUACUUUCGACAGGAGCUGCACAAAUGGUCACCAGUCGCCCCUGAGGCACCUCCUAUUCUCGAGGUGUCCCUUAGCACGAGGAAACCCCGACCUACGAAGCUUCAAAAGAUGCUUGCCGAAUAUGGGGUAGAUAAUCCAGACGACUUGCCCGAGCAUGCCAAGGGCAAGGCCAAUAGUUUACGCCGCAAAGCUAUGAAUGCCGAAGCUGCUGCUGCCGCACAACUAUCUGGCGGCUCGACUCAUCCGCCUUCGUCGCACAGUCAGGCCGGAAAUCAACCCUUCUUUGGCCGCCAUCCACAAGGCGAUGUCUCAGCCUCAGGCUCUGCACCGAACCUGAACCUAGGUCCAAAUGAGCCUCAGCUUCAAGGAGACGCGAUGGCAAUCGACAACGGCUUACACCCAGCAUUCCUUGGAGCCAAUGGGCCUCAACUACACGUUGAUGCCUCUAGCAAGUCACUCGAGGACAGACUAUUACGAGGCGAUGUAGAAGAAAGUGAAUUACACACUGAGGAAGGAAAGACUAAGGCUCUUGAAAUCCUCAGUCGGACUGAGCAAGGAAGGCAGCAAGCAGAGAAAAUCUGGGGCGCAGACGUUUGGGGCUCCCACAACCGAUCCCUUGGCCAUGAGGCACGAGGUAUCACGUCCGCUGACAUUGACCCCAUGAUGAAGCAGGACGAUGGGAAUGUGGAUCAAAUGUUCAAGGAAAUGACGAAUCAGGACGAUGACGAAGAUCCAAAGAAGAAAGAUGCGAAUAACGACGAAACAGCACCUAAAAAACUCGCAGCUGAGCUCACCAAUAGAAACAAACCAAAUGAAGCAACAGGCAAGGACCAAUCAGCAAAAUGA